AUGGCUCUCCUAGGACCUCUUACUCUCUUUCUUUAUACUCUCUCUGCAACUUCGCUUGUUCAUCAAUCCGCUAGUGAAAACAUCACAGGAUUUAGCCUAGGCCUCAUCCAUCAUGACUCCCCACAGUCUGCAUUUUACAAUGCCAGCGCCACUGAGCAUGAUCGGAUUCGGGAGGCCAUAGUACUUUCGAUCUCCCGCCAUCUCCUCAUGGGGAGUACCUUGCCUCUGGAAGUUUCGACACCAUUAUCAUUACAAAACUAUGGAUACUUGAUGAAGGUUGGGAUCGGAACCCCAUUUAAAGAAUUCACAUUGGCUCUAGAUACCGGAGGUGUUAUGUUGUGGACACAAUGUGUGCCAUGCACAAGCUGCUUCACCCAAAAUGACCCUAUUUUCGAUCCAUCCAAAUCAUCUACAUACCAAAAGGUCAGUUGCAAUGACCCCAUUUGCCGUCAACCACCUCCGUGCGCCGAUGGCUGCCCUUACGAGGUUAACUAUGCGGGUGGCUCACAUUCACAUGGCACAUUGUCAAGUGAAACCAUAACCUUCUUGGGCUCUUCUAGUGGUGGCUCAGCCUCAUAUGGGGGAAUCAAGUUUGGAUGUGGCUUUGAUAAUGCAAUGAAUGGAAAUAUACGGACCGGCGUAGCAGGAUUUGGGGCUGGGCCUCUCUCCCUUGUCAACCAACUUAGUGGCUCUCUCGGUAACAAAUUCUCAUAUUGCCUUUCGCCGAAGGGCACCGGCACGCUUUCAAUGGGAGAUCCGGCUGACAUUUCAGGCUCUGAUGUCAAAGCGACGCCAAUUUUCCAACUCCAACUCCAUGGGGAAUUCUUUUUCUUGAACCUUAUGGACAUCAGUGUAGGUGCAAAACGAAUUGGUAUACCACCAGGCUCCUUUGAUCCUGUGAAUUAUCAAACAGGGUUGUUUUUAGACACUAGCACUGUUCUCACUUUCUUAAGCUCAUCAGUGUACAACCAAUUGAUUGAUAAUUUGAAGGCGGUUGUGACAUUUACGCCAUCGGCCCGUGACCCCCUAAACCAGUUGGAUCUUUGCUACCAGGGAAGUCUAAACGACGCUAAACUUGGAACUCCAAAUAUUACGUUGCACUUCACCGAUAAUGCUGAUUGGGUAGUGAGUCCUGAGAACUUGUAUUUAGAGGUGGCUCCGGGAGUCGUCUGCGUAGCCAUGAAGCAGGCUUCAUCUAUUUCUUCUAUAGGUACCUUGAUGCAAAGGAACAUGAAGGUAGAGUACAACCUCGAAAGUAAGAGGAUGUUCUUUGCUCCUGCUGAUUGCAGUGCUGCGUAG